AUGGAGGAGAGCAUUAAGAAAUUUCGGGAUGCCGCGGAAGAAUUCAUGAGACAGAUACGAGCCGACGAGAGUGUGUCAGGAGAGCGAUGGGACGACGUCCUCUCAAUGGUCACCAAUAUCCGGAUCGGCAUCAAGGAGCUCGAAGAAAAACUUAUCCCGAUCGGCUUGGUGCACGGCCGAACGUACCAGGGCCUCAAGAACCGAAUCGACUAUAUGACCAAAACACUAAACCAUGGGCCUCGUUACGAAGAUUUGUCUUUUGACUUGUCAAGCUCACAUGCAAAGUUUAUCAACGACAUCGAACUCGUCAAAGCCCACUACAGCGAUAAACGGAAAGCCUUGUUUACGGGCGGGCGUCUUUUGUCCAUAGAUGGUGGCGGAGUCCGCGGGGUCUGCAGUCUUCUAGUGCUGCAAGGUCUGAUGAAAGCAAUACAGGCUGUUGAGAAAAAUGAACACCUGAAUCUAGAACAGAACUGGGAUACGGAUGAAGAGAGUAACCGAGACCUGCCAUUACCGAAGCACUAUUUCGACUUGGUCGGCGGAACAAGUACUGGGGGCCUCAUCGCAAUAAUGCUCUUCCGUCUCGGUAUGCCUAUACCUACGGUAAUGGCAAAGUAUGACGAGCUCUCGAAGAGGAUAUUCAAGCCCGGCAUUUCAAGAGGUCUGGGCACUUUCUUUAAACCACUGUUCAACAGACCAUGGUUCAGCGGGUCGGAACUGGAGAAAGAAGUGAAGAAGGUUCUGGUAGACCAGAACCUGCGGGAGGACGCAAUGAUGCAGGAGGAUGGAGUGAGAUGUCGAACCUUUGUUUGCGCUGUCACAAAGAGGACACGCCAUACUGUCAACUUUCGCUCAUAUCAUCCACAAGAGCUCAGGAUGCCGUACCACAUCCCUUGCAGCAUUGUCGAGGCGGCACGAGCCACAACUGCGGCACCCUUCUACUUUCCAGCCAAGAAAAUUGACGGUAUAACAUUCUGGGAUGGCGGCUUGCAGAACAAUAACACAAUCGGCCAAGUUCUGGGCGAAUACGGUCCCGGGAUUCCGGCCGUGGUCAUCAGUCUCGGCACAGGAAUUUCGAGCACAGGUCUAGGUCAGGAGCGACCUCAGGAGAAAUCGGAUGCUCCAAACUAUACUGAGAUUAAGGACCUUGAGAGCCCCUCGUUUUCGUGGCCGGCGCUUUCACAAAUCCGAGCUGUGUUGGAAUUCGUGACGAACGCAGAGAAUGAGCACCGCAGCUUUGAACAGUUCCUCUCCUCGUUGGAGAUACCCUACUUUCGGCUCAAUCCGACCAUGAAGGAAGUCGUCGGUCUGUCAGAUUACACAAGACUGGACUACCUCAAGGAAAAGACGAAGAAUUACUUGGAACAAAGAAAUGUUCAGAAUGAUCUAGAAAAAAUUGCUCGGCUACUGCUUCGGCCACUGCCAGUGGACCCUCUGGGAUUGGACGACGAGAUGCACCCACAGACAGUCCACCUUCCUGUGGUAAGAUCAUCUGGUGAGGCUUCUCGUGCGGCGUCCGGAAUUGACCGAGUACUAUAA